UCGUACAAAUUAAAAUAAGUAUUUAAAGUUAAAACGAUUUACGAGAAAGAAAGUAUUUUUAUGUAUAAACGUUUUUUGGUUUUCAAAUUGUUAUAGUAUAGAUAAAGAAAAAAAUAUGAAAUAUUAGGUUAGUUUUCGCAGUAUCUGCAAACUGUAAAAUAGUAAUAUGAAAACUGUAAAAGAAAUAGAACGAGAAAUAAAAAAUGUCGAAAAAGAGCUUACUAAAGUUGAUAGUGAAAUAGCUAAAUGGAAAACCCGGCAGCGUGAGUUGCAAGAGAAAAAAUCAUUAUUAAAGAAGACUAUAAACAAGAUUAAAUCUGAAUCAUUAGCUAGUGUCGAUUGGGCUGGAACUACGUACGAAUGGUCUGAAGAUGUUAAUCGAGUUCUUCGGGAUAGUUUUAAACUCGAUUCAUUUAGACCUAAGCAGUUGAGUGCUAUCAAUUCAACGUUAUCCCGACAACAUGCUUUAGUCGUAAUGCCGACAGGGGCUGGUAAAAGUUUAUGUUACCAAUUGCCAGCUCUGAUACAACCUGGUAUAACAAUUGUUAUUUCACCUCUUAUUUCUUUAAUGGAAGAUCAAGUAAGGUCAUUGACUGUUAGAAAAAUACCUGCAAAACUUAUGACAAGCACUAGCUCAAAGGAAGAGACUGCAGCAGUUUUAAAUUUACUUAAAGAUAAAAAUACACCUGUAAAAUUAGUCUAUGUAACACCUGAGCGACUUGCAAAGAGUAAGAGGUUCAUGUCUAAUUUGCAAAAGUGUUACAUAGAUGGUAGACUGCAAAGAAUAGCUAUUGAUGAGGUACAUUGUUGUUCACAAUGGGGACAUGAUUUUCGACCCGAUUAUAAAUUUCUAGGUAUACUAUCCAACAUGUUUCCUAAUACCCCUAUUCUAGGUUUGACUGCCACAGCAACUGCACAUGUAUUAAACGAUGUACAAAAAAUACUAAAUAUACAAGGAUGUUUAGUUAUCAAAUCUACCUUUAACAGACCUAAUUUAUUUUACAAAAUAUUAGAAAAGCCUACAUCCCAAGAGGAAUGUGUUACAAUUUUAGAGAAACUACUAAAAUAUAGGUAUAAAGGGGAGAGUGGAAUUAUUUACACACACAGUAUUAAAGAUUCUGAAGACUUGGCAGAAGAAUUGAGAAAAAGGGGGUUAAAAGUAGGUUGUUAUCAUGCUAACAUGGAAGCAGAUAGUAGAAGUAAAGUUCACAGCAAGUGGCAUGAGAAUUACUAUCAAGCUAUUGUUGCAACAGUUGCUUUUGGAAUGGGUAUUGACAAACCUGAUGUAAGGUUUAUAAUACAUCAUACAAUAAGUAAAUCUAUGGAGAAUUAUUACCAAGAAAGUGGUAGAGCUGGGAGAGAUGGUAACAGAGCAGAAUGUGUGACAUUAUAUAGGAUGCAGGACAUUUUUAAAUUGAGUACAAUGGUAUUCUCCUCUGUGGGCAAUCUUGAUAAUUUAUAUGGCAUGAUUAAAUACUGUCUUAAUGGAAAGCAUUGUAGAAGACAGCUUAUUGCAGAGCAUUUUGAAGAAGAUUGGGGACAUGCAGAUUGUAACAAAAUGUGUGAUGUUUGCGUUAAUCCUUGUAUUAGUUCGAGAGAAAUAAAUCUUGAAGACCACUGUGAGACACUCUCUUAUAUAUUGGACAAUGCUGAUAAUAAUGACACAAAACUUACAGCACAAAAGUUGCUCAGUGCUUGGUUUUUGACAGGUCCAGUCAAUUUAAGACAUAAUGGUAUAGAACCUAAUUUCUCGCGUAACAUAGGAGAAGAUGUAAUUGCGUUUUUAUUGACUCAAGGAUAUCUCGUUGAAGAUUUUCAUUUUACAGCUUACACAACAAUAUCUUAUAUUAAAAAAGGCCCAAAUAUGGAAUCUGUGAAUGAUGUUGAUUUUUCAUUGAAAAUGCCAAUCAGAAAGUAUACAGAGUUUGAAGUGGAUAGACCAGCACCUAGAGAUGUUAAAUCAGAAGUAUCUUGUAAUGAUGAGUUGAAAGAAAAGAAACCAAUGAAAUGCAAAACAUCAUCACCAAUUAAAGAACCAAAAGCAAAAAAAUCAAAAGUACUUGUAAUUGAUAGUGAUUGACACUAAGAAAAAUUUCUUUAAUUUAUUAUCAAUAUCCAGUGAUGUUAUUACAUAUAUAUGUUAUGUCUUUUGGAUUCAGAUUUCCAAACCUCCGAGCUCACUUUACAUGCAUUAGGACUGUUUAUGAUACAGAUGUCACUAUAAUUAUAAAUGAUAAUUAAUUAUUAUUUUUUUAAUCUAUAAAGUUAAUCUAAGUAAUAU